CCUCGGCCAUGCAACCUGCGUACGCGCCGCCGUUAAAUUGAUUUAUUUAUGUUUAGAUAAACAACAUCAUAUUUUUUAAUAUUAUAAGAGAGACUCCUUAUUUUAUUCAUAAUCAAAUUAAGUUAUAGCUUUAAAAUUGUUCUCAUGCGCAUUAUUUCGAACAAUGGCAGAAGCUUGUAGGCUUGGGACUAUAACAGAAAGAAAGACUGAAUGCAAUCAAGAUGAAAAUUAUUGUGUAUUUAAUGUUUUAAGUGUUUUCAUAUCUCUCGUGUGUAUUCUUGCUGAUUUAACUACAGAUAUAUUAGUAUUUGCUGAAUAUUGUAAAGAUGGUUAUUUAUACUGGGCUUUGUCAACAUUAAUAUUUAUACUAUCUCCAAAUAUUUUAAUUAAUAUUUUCUCCAUGAGAUGGUUUAUUAUUGAUCAGCAAUCAAACAUGCGUCACUGGAUUACACACUGCUGCCUUGUUGGAUUGCUGGAAAGGUACAUAAUAUUCCUUCAAAAAGUUUUCUCCUGCAAAAACUUAGAAUCAAUAAAAACUCAGAAGUUAAUAAGUCAAAGGAAUGAUUUAAGUUUGUUGCAUUUUUUGUAUAUAUUCACAGGGACUGUACCACAAAUCAUAUUGCAAACAUAUGCAAUAGUAAUGUUGAACGAGAAUUAUCACACGAAAGUCUUUGCAUUGGUGGCCUCAAUAGCAUCAGUAAUAUGGGGUUGUGUGACAUAUAUAUACAGUAUUGCAUCAUUCACUUCAGAUGACUUUAAAUGGAGUUCCAUUUUACUAAAGUUAACAUGGCACUUUGGCAUAUUAGUGGGAAGAAUUGCAGGUGUCUUAUUAUUCACCAUAAUUUUUGGAAUAUGGACACUUAUUCCAUUGGGUCUUCAUUGGUCUGCUAUGACAUUCUGGAUUAUCACACAAAAAACAACUUUCUGUCCAAAUAAAUUAGAAGAAACAUUUUACAAUGCUGUUAUGGGUUUUGUAUAUUGCUUCUGUUACAUUAAUUUAAGAGAAGGUCAUACAAGAUAUCGCUUGUUGAUGUUUUACACACUUAUUGUGACUCAAAACUUUGGAAGUUUAUUCCUAUAUGUAUUAAUAUCAGAUUUCGAAAGGCAACAAAAGUCUUGGUCCAUAGCUGCAACUGUAUGUGUAACUGCUGGAACUGUUAUUGGUAUGAUCGCAAUGAUUUUGUACUAUAGAUAUUUUCAUUCAAAAGGACCUAUCCCAUGGAAAAAUGCACAAGAUGAUGUUGAAUUAAAUAACAAAGUGGUACCCCAAAUCUAUGAUAAAAACAACAAGAGUAAUGGAUUAAAUCAUGUUAGAUCUUUCAAAAGUUCCAAUAAAAUCACUGAGACAAGAAGUGAUAAUGUAACAAUACCACAGCUACCACAAAAUGAUAGUGAUACAGCAGAUAAAAAGUUUUUAUUAGACCAUUGGAUUGCCCGAUCUGGCUCACCAACCUUCACAUCUGCUCCAGUUGGAAACUUAAGCGUGGAUGUAUCCAGUAUAGAAAUAUAUACCAUAGAGAACACACCACAAACGCUUACAACAAAGAGAGAUAUUCCAAAUGCCAGUACUAAAAAUACAAAAAAGAAAGUUUUUUCACCCACAGAACUAACACUUAAGUUGUUUUCGAUUAAAAACUUUGAGAGCUCAAUAGACGAAAUAACUUCAAGUACUUUAAACCUGCAAAAACGCCGUGGGAUUUGUUCUUCCGAUGAAUUGCGAGAAGAGCUAACAAAUUUAAAUUUAGAAGCUUGCAAUAUUGUCAACGAAACUUUUGCUAAAACUAUCAAGACUGAUCAUAGUUCAGAAGUUAGUCAUGAAACUGAUGGAUCGAAUAAAAAAACAUCAUCAGAUUCUAUAGAUAUGGAUUUGGAUUUAAGUUUUAGUGAUAUAAAUAGUUCAGACAUAAAUACUUUUAACGAAAAUAUUGUUCAGAAACUGUGUUUAAGCGCUUUAAAAAAUAUAAAAGUUGGUAAUCAAGACGCAGAUAUCGAAAAUAUACAGAGGAUAGCACUGGAUAUACUAAAAGAAAUGUACACCAAGAAAGAUAAAAUAAAAAAUGGUAUAUCUAGAGAAUUACUACAUUCUAAGCGUGAUCUUGACACACCAACUGAAAUUUUGUCUGUUCAUGAUUAUGAAAAUAUAUGUGCAGUCAACAUUGCAAGAGAAGCGUGGGGUUUAAGAUCAUGGAAUGGAUACUGUGACAUAGAAAAUUGGCUACAUGAUGGAAGCGUAGUAAGAGAUAGGAGUCGAGAUACCCUGACUUCAGGUAGUUCUGAAAUUAGCAGUUGUCUGUCGCAGGAAUUAAAAAAUGCUAUAUUAGCUGCACCAUCACUUCCUAAAAAGCCGCAUACAUACUCUAAUGUUUUCGUGAAAUUUGAUAGGAGUCAAGAAGAUUAUGUAAAUACAAUGAUGUGCCAUUCUAAUGAUGACACCUUUUUAGCAAAACCUUAUGUGAUAGAUUCUAACAAAGACCCAAAUCACUUAGAACCAAUAUUAGAAGAACUAGAUGAUUUGGGUGAUGUAGAUAUAUCUUGUAAGAAACGGUUAAAUUCAGAAAGUUCGCUUGUGGCAACUAUAGAUGAGAUUAGAAAAGCAACUGUUACAAACUCUCCACGGAAUUUAUAUCAUAGGAGAGAACUUCAGUGGGAUUCACCUCAGUUUUUAUCUUCCGAAAAAACAGAAACUAACCUUAAGAAAUCAAUUUGGAAAGAACCUUAUAAAUUUGAUGCUAGCAAUAUAAUGGAAUCACAACUAGAAAAAGAUUGUAUUUUAGAUGUAUCACAUGGCACUAAAUUUGACUCAAUAAAAGAUUUAACUGUUUUACCAAUGUCUACAAAGCUCUGUUUAGACAAUAAUAACCAAAAUAAAAAUACGGUACGGAGACAAAAAUCAAAUUGCAUGAAGACUCAAAAUAAAAAACUAAAUACUAAACCAGAACAGCAAUUGCAUGAUCUUUCAAAUAAAGAUAUUGACUUCUUAUGGCAACUAGUGUCUGAAAACUCAUUGCCACUGAAUUCAGUCGAAGACCUUUCACUUAGCCGCAAAACACCAUCAUUACAAUCGUUAAUACAAAAAGAACCACCAUCAAGCUUAGUAAAUACCUCAACUUCUAAAGUGUUAAAUAUGAAGAAAAAUGUUAGGAAUAGACCAAGACGAAAGUUCUCCAUUUUGAGAGAACGAUUUGAACCAAAGGCGACAUUAAAUUCCGAUGAAGAAAUCUUAUACCAUUGUUCAGAAAAUGUGCCUCAACAAGAUGCUUCAAAUAUAAUGAAUGUUAAAAAUCAGUUUGAAACUUUGAAUGAUAUAAAAGAUAUUUCUUGUUCCAAAAAACAACCAAAUAGAAUUCCAUGUGAUGAUAAGAUUAGUUCUAUAAUUGAUAUGCAUAUGACCUCUAAAAGUAUAAAAGAAAAAAGAUCUUUAUUUAUGAAACAGGUGCUAAGUCCACCAAGAUUUAAUACAAAGUUGAGACAUAAAGUGUAGUCAAAUUUUUUAGACAAUUUUGUUUAGUUCCUAUGUUGUAAAUUUACAGUAUGUUAUAAUUCAUAAAUGUUUAAGUUUAAAAAUAUUUGUACUUAAAGUCAAGACAAACAUAGAUCUCACCAUAAGUUAUAUGAAAAAUAAGCUCAAAUAUUCAUUUACAUA